AUGGAGUCCCACAGCCGUGGGGUAGGAACUUUCCAGGUUUGGGACUAUGUGGUUUUUGCCUGUCUGUUUGUGGUAUCCAGUGGCAUUGGAGUGUUCUUUGCGGUAAAGGAGAGGAAAAAAGCUUCGUCGCGGGAGUUUUUGGUGGGUGGCAGGCAGAUGUCCUGCGGCCCGGUCGCCCUCUCCCUCACGGCCAGUUUCAUGUCGGCUGUGACGGUUCUCGGGGCUCCGUCCGAUGUUUACCGGUUCGGAGCCUCUUUUGUCCUGUUUGGCAUUGCCUACCUGUUUGUGAUUUUCUUCACGGCAGAACUCUUCCUACCCGUCUUCUACAGAUCUGGCAUCACCAGCACCUAUGAGUAUUUACAGUUGCGUUUCUGUAAGGGAGUUCGUAUGGCUGCUACACUUAUCUACAUGGUACAGACGAUCUUAUACACGGGGGUUGUUGUGUAUGCCCCAGCACUAGCCUUAAAUCAAGUAACAGGCUUUGACCUGUGGGGAUCCAUAUUUGCCACUGGGAUUGUCUGUACCUUCUAUUGUACGCUGGGGGGUCUGAAGGCAGUAGUAUGGACAGAUGCCUUCCAGAUGGUGGUGAUGGUGGUGGGUUUCCUGACUGUACUGGUACAAGGCACUGUCAAGGCCGGGGGGGUAGCUGCAGUGUGGAGCAUGAGCCAGAGAGGAGACAGACUGCAAGUGUUUGACUUUGACCCCGACCCCCUGAGACGUCACACAUUCUGGACCAUCUCCGUUGGGGGCACCUUCACCUGGCUAGGCAUCUACGGCGUGAACCAGUCCACCAUCCAGAGGUGCAUCUCCUGUAAGACGGAGUCCCAUGCCCGAUGGGCUUUGUAUCUGAACCUGCUGGGGCUUUGGAUCAUUCUGCUUUGCGCUGUGUCCUCUGGACUAAUUAUGUAUGCAUUCUACGCUACCUGUGAUCCCUGGUCAGCCAACUAUGUCUCAGCUCCAGACCAGCUCAUGCCCUAUUUUGUGAUGGACAUACUGGGAAGUUUUCCUGGACUGCCUGGUCUGUUUGUUGCCUGUGCCUUCAGCGGCACUCUGAGCACAGUGGCAGCCAGCAUCAAUGCUCUGGCCACAGUCACUUUCGAGGACUUUGUGAAGCAGUGUUGCAAGGACCUGUCCAAUCGAGCAGCCACCUACACCAGCAAAGGCCUAUGUGUUGUGUUUGGAGUGGCGUGUACAAGCAUGGCAGUGGCUGCGUCUUACAUGGGAGGAGUAGUGCAGGCAGCUCUGAGUAUCCACGGGAUGUGUGGAGGACCCAUGCUGGCUCUGUUCUCUCUGGGAAUUCUCUUUCCCUGCGCCAACGCCAAGGGCGCCGCCGGUGGCCUCGCCCUGGGCAUUGCUCUGUCCUUCUGGGUCGGAGUGGGAGCAUUUGUCUACCCUCCCUCCAGCCUUAACACCCGUCCGCUGGAACUGAGCACUGAGGACUGUCUCUUACUGAACACGACCGCUGUCGCUAAUACCACUCAGAUCCCACUCAACUCCACUUCCCCUGUCUCCUCACACAGGCCUGUGUUGGCUGAAGUCUGGUACUCCAUGUCCUAUUUGUACUACAGUGCUGUUGGCUUCACAGGCACGCUCGCAGGGGGUCUCCUAAUCAGCCUGCUCACAGGUCCGUCCAGGCCACAGGACGUGAACGCAGAUUUGACUCGCCCUCUCGCUGACCUCAUCUGCUGCUGCUCCGAGAGAGGCAGGGGAAUGUGCUGCAGCAGAGGCAGCUAUGAGGGAGACAAACUGACCCUGGAGGGCAUGGACUUCACCACGGUCCAGGGAAAACACAUCGAGCACAGCGAUGGUAUUAAAGAGGACAUUUCAGGGAAAAAACAGAGUUAUACCCUGCAGAGGGAAUGCUACACCAAUGCAGGCUUUCUCAAGGAGUCGCAGUCCUUUUAA